UCUGGUUCAAAUUUCGAAGCUCGUACGUGGCCAGUUCUUCUACGGACUCGGUGCGCGCGCAAGCAUUUGACAAGCCCGCGUAUUCUCAGGAACUUUCGAAAUUCAAAUUUUCAAAAUGCAAACCAAUCAAAUAGAUGACGAACAAAUCACAAUGCUGCGGCGAGCCUUCAGCAUGUUCGACUCGAGCAAGCAGGGCCGCAUCGAGAAGGAGAAAGUGCGCACUAUCCUCAACACCAUGGUGCACAGCUUCGACGACCGCGAGCUGGACCAGAUCCUGGACAGCGAGGAUGUUGACGGCAGUGGCAAGCUGAAUUUCGACUCUUUCCUUCGCGUGGCCACCCAUUUCCUGGACGAGGAUGACGAAGCCUUACAGAAGGAGCUGAAGGAAGCCUUUAGACUCUACGAUAAAGAAGGAAACGGCUACAUACCCACAUCCAGCCUGCGCGAGAUCCUCGCGGCACUGGAUGACCAGCUGACUCCAGACCAGCUCAACGAAAUGAUUGCUGAGAUCGAUACUGACGACUCUGGGACCGUGGACUUUGAUGAGUUCAUGGAGAUGAUGACUGGCGAUUAACUGGAGCGAUGGCGCCCUCACCGUCUAAUUUACACAUCCAUCGCAAUCGCUUUCAAAUGGAUAGCGAUUAUAAUGGCAAUAGCGACUUUUAAAUGGUGCCGAAGCUUAAUCUUGCACAUUACAUCUGUUUUUGAUAGAAUAUUAUCCUUAACUUUGUAACUACAUAUUUACAAAAUGUGUGUGAAUUCGGCAUGCUUCAUAAUAGGCUAGUUCCCAAAAAAAAAAACUUUUAGGCUUUUUUUAAGGGUUUUUUGGACUUAUAAUUUUUUAUUUUUUUAUAACAAGCAAUACGAAUUUUAUGAUGCGUUGAAGUUUGAAAAAAUGAAAAAAUUAAGACCACGGUAUAAUAGUUUUUGUAUUAUUCUUCAUUCACUAAAUUGACAUAAAAAAGGAAUAAAUUGAACGAUGCAACUAAUAAAGAUAUAUCAUUCAAAAUAAAUUGCUUUCAAAAUAAAAUCGCUAUCAAAGACAUCAGUAAUGCCAUUUAAUUUCAAAGCGAUUGCAAUUGCGAUGAAUGAUGUAUUUACGCAAUAACCCCGAUCGUUGGUGAUAAAUAACACCUAAACGCAAAGAUACUCUAGUCACUAUAAUAAACAGAUAUUUUUAUUUUAUGCCGCAUAUUUUUGUUUCGCUACCUUCGUGAUGGAAGACGUUUUUUAUUGGUGUGACAGAUUAUUAGUCAUUGUUCGCUUUUCUUGCGGAAAAUUAGGGUAACAUUUUGGCUUUUCCUUAAGUACUAGUUUCUUAGGGAAAAAUGAUAAUAUUAAAUUAAUGAUAUCUUAAAUGUUCUAGACUAGUUUGCAUUCUUGGUUGACAAGUUAAGCUCUCUUAACUGAAAACGCCUAGUUUAACUAUUGAUACCGAGUAUGUGGAAACUU